AUGAUUGCAGUAGUAGACACUUGUUAUUUUUUAAGACGUGGAUCUAUUAAUCAAAAUAUAAAAAAGAUAUACAUUCCAAAUUCAGUUAAGAAAGAAUUAAUAAAUGAACAAAGCCGAGAAUACUACAAUUUAUAUAAAUAUAUGAUAGAAAUUAAAAAUCCUUCAGAAUCAUAUGUUAAUUACAUUUCGUUAAUUAACAAAAAAAUGCAUCUUAAUUUGAGUAAUGCGGAUAUUGAUAUCGUAGCUUUGACUCUUGAAUUGCAUGAAAUAUUUUGCAGUACAUGGGUAGAUACUACUAAUCUAAAUGAACUAGACGAAGUGGUAUGUCUUACAUUAGAUAAUGGCAUAAAACAAUGUCUUAAACAUCUUGAUAUUUACAAUGAUGAUAAGUUUAUAUCUAAAAUUUAUAAAAUGCGCUGCUUUGCGUGUUUUGCGAUGUAUGACGAAAAACUUGAUUUUUGUAAAAAGUGUGGUAUGAAUACAAUAACUAGAGUUUCUGUAGUCUUAGAUGAAAAUAAUAAAGAGAAAGUUUUACUAAAAAAAGGUUAUAAAUUUAUACCUAAGGUGUUGUAUGACAAAAAAGGCGUAGAACUUAAAAGUAGUGGACAAAGAGAAUACGAGCACUAUAUAAAAUCUAAAGGAUACAAAGUAAAAAAAAAUACACUUACUAAUGUAUUAGGAGAUUUAAAAGAAUGA